CAGACAGGCUAUACACCGGUCCAGAGCACGCUCCGGGAUAUCGCAGCAUCUGGCCUCCGCAAUGCUCAGUCUAGCAUGCAACGUUAAUCAUCACAUCUAGGUAGCUUUGAGCUCAAUGCCUGCCCGUCACGUCUCGAACUUUGUUCGUACGUGCCGCACACUUGCAGGGCACUCCAGAAUGGGGCUACCCUUGGUGUUGACGAGGAGAGCACACAGGGAGUAUCAAGGCAGCUCUUAUACCACGACACUCGGCCGUCAGCAGAACAUUACUCUCAUGAAUCAACGCUCGACACCCACACGAAGCUAUGAGGUCGAGCGGGAGUACCAACGACCACCAUGCGCACCACCGAUACGCAUCUGAAAACAUGCAUACUCCGCCAUGGGAACUCACCGCCAAGAUCGGCAUAAGCGACGCCACCAGGACUCCUUCGUCAGCCGCUGAUCGGGACGUCUACGCUGAUGACAACCAUCACGCAUCGGUUCCAAGACAACAGUAUUCCGCGAGAGCACCGACUUACCAUGAUAUCCGUCGAUCGCCAACUUUGGCUUCUGAGUGCUACAACGCGAAUGCCUCGGUGCCAGAUGCCACAAGACCUGCCUUGACUGGCCCUCCAAGUUCGAGAAUGUCUCCUCACUUGUCCGACUCCUCUGGCACUUCGUCCGGCUCGUUUGAUCCUCAGAGGAUUCAGGCAUUCCCCGGUACAAUGUCAGCUCGGCACGAGAGCCAGGAGUACACACAUAUCCGAAGGUCCAAAGGUCACGACGAUGUCGAAGAGUCGACGGAAGAUCCUGACCGCCAGGAUACUGGCAAGCUGAAAAGGAUGAAGUCGGCGUUCAGAAGCUUCUUCAAGAAGCGGCACGUGGAUGAAAGGCAGUUUGAGACGAUCUCGGGACGACAUUGGGCGGAUGAUUCUGAUUGA